CUGCUGCAGCCGCUGCUGCUACUGCCGCUGCGUCCCCUCCCUCUCUCUCUCUCAGUAGUUAGAGAUCGGAGAAAACAAAAAGCAGACAAUAUUAGCAGUGAAGUAGCAACGAAGCCAGCAUAUCAAGAACGGCCCUUUUACUGCUCUACAAGGAUAGAAGUAACUCUCUAGAGGGCAGAGGGUAGACGAGGAGGAGGCGAAGGGGGAUCGAUCGAUCUUGCUAUGGAUUUAAAACUUCCAGAGGAGGGAGCAUGGCAGGAUUCUCUCUAGGUGGGGGAAGCAGGCAAGGAGGGGAAGAAGGUAUCCCACCUGAGAGCUUAUUCCUCUACGGCAGCGGAUCAAGCGGCGUCGGUGGUGGUGGCAGUAGAAACGAAGAGAUCACCUACACGAGAGGCUUCGAGCUAUGGCAGCAGCACCAGCAGCAAAUCCAGCGGCAGCAGCAGCACCAUCUGUACACCUCCACCCCCGGGCUCCUCUCGUUCUCGGAUGAGCCGCUGCAAGCUGGUGGAGCUAUUGGCCGCACGAUAAGCAUGAGGGGCAGCGGCGGAGGGGGGAUGAGCUGCCAAGACUGCGGCAACCAGGCCAAGAAGGACUGCGUCCACAUGCGGUGCCGGACCUGCUGCAAGAGCCGCGGCUUCCAGUGCCCCACGCACGUCAAGAGCACUUGGGUCCCAGCUGCGAAGCGCCGCGAGCGCCAGCAUCAGCUCGCCGCCGCCGCUGCCCUUCAGCAGCAAUCUCAGCGUCUCCGAAUCGGUGGAUCGACCAGCGGAGCUCCCACCGGAGGAAGUGGAGGUGGUGGCAGUGGAGGAGAGCCUUCCAAAAGGCCAAGGGAGAUAGCCACCCGCCUCCCCACCGCCAUCACCACCACGUCAUCAGGAGGCGGCGGGAUGGAGGCCGUGAGCUUCCCCACCGAAGUGAGCUCGCCGGCAGUGUUCCGGUGCGUGCGGGUCAGCCCGAUGGACGACGCCGAGGACGAGUUCGCAUACCAGACCGCCAUCAGCAUCGGUGGGCAUGUGUUCAGGGGCAUCCUCUACGACCAGGGCCCGGAUUCCCAGUACCCUUCGACUCCUCGCGCCCUCCACGGUGAAUCCUCGUCCUCCACGGCCGCCGCUGCUAUUACCACCGCAGCUGCUAUUGCAACUAGCCUUCCUGCUGCACCCACUAGCUCGACAACCCCGGCGGCUUCCACCGGAUUAUUGGAUCCAUCCGCCCUUUAUACCACUCCACUUAGCGCCUUCAUGGCGGGCACCCAGUUCUUCCCGCACCACCCAAGGCCUUAGAGAGCUAAGAACUCACCAAGGCUGGCAAGGUAGAUCAUCAUUUACAUCUAGAGCUAAGCUAGCUAUGUGCUUCUUUCAGAAUUUAGAACCAGUGGUAGUGUCUUAUUCUUGUUUCCAGUUUUCUAUAUAUCUUAGACGAUGUGUCCUAUUAAA